AUGUCCAACUCACAUUCCCUUUCUCCGUGCCAGGCCAUCAAAGCCAAACCCGUAUUGAAUUUUGUGCAGCUGAUUGCAGAGCUGGACUGGGCUCUGAAAACCCCAGUGGACAGAGGUCCAGCUACCCCGAUGGCGAGCUUUCUCAGGAGGGCACCUGUUUCAGAGGCUGGAAAUAGAAGAUCAUUGUCCAUCAAGGGUAGCAUCAUUGCACGUGUGGGUAAUAGCUGGCGGCAAAACACACCCUUGCCACCUUGGGCCCAUUCAAUUUUGAGGUCUCUGGGGAGGAGUCUUGGUCCUUUAAGGGUCAACAUGGCAGAAAGAAAUGUGAAGUUGUUCUCCAGGAGAGUGGUGCCAACCCAAGGUGAAGAAACCUUUGAAAACUGGCUGAUCCAAGUCAAUGUGGUCCUGCUCGAUUGGAAUAUAGCUGAGGAGGAAAAGCUCAAGCACUUGAUGAAAACCCUUAGGGGCCCUGCCAGGCAGGUCAUGCGUUAACUCCAGGCUGCCAACCCCAAUCUAAGUGUGGCUGAUUUCUUGCGGGCAAUGAAAUUGGUGUUGGGGGAGUCUGAAAGCAGUGUCACUGCCCAUGGUAAAUUUUUUAACACUUCGCAGGCACAAGGGGAGAGAGCCUUCCUUUAUGUGAUCCAUUUAGAAGUGCAGCUCCAGAAUGCUAUUCAGGCAAGAAUCAUAGCUCAGAAAGAUGCAAAACAGACUCACCUGCACCAACUCCUUUUAGGAGCUGAGCUGACUAAGGAUCUGCACUUUAGGCUGAAACAUCUUAGGAUGUAUGCAAAUGAUCAGGAGUAUCUUCCUAAUUUUUUGGAGUUAAUCAAGAUGAUAAGGGAGGAAGAGGAUUGGAAUAAUGCUUUUAUGAAACCGAAGCGACCCAGAAGGUCUGAGCUAAUCUUGGAGAGGGCAGCAAGCCCCAUGGCAUUUCAGGGCCCUCAGUCAAUAGCAAUCAGCAAUGCUGACUGCAGAGUGAUAGAGGUAGAUAUCUUUGAUGACUCAGAUGAAGAUGUGAUCCUGGUUGAGUCUCAGGACCCUCCACUUACAUCCAUGGAUGGCCCUCCUCUCAGAGGCAGGGCCAGACCUCUAGACCAAAUAGUGGUUAUUGAUUCUUCCAGCAGUUCUGGGGCCCAAUCUCUUUCCACCAGUUGGGGGUCUGGGUAUAAGAUUGAUGGUCCUGGGGAUAUGCAUAGAGCCAGGAAGUGAAAAUACACAAUAUUCUGUUCAUAUUAUGGUGAGGAGGGUCACUCAAAGGAAUCUGACAGUGAGAGCAACAAGGGUGAGAUGUUUGAGAAUCUGGUCAUCACUCUGCAGGAUCUGACACAUACAGAGAGGUCAAAAGAAGUCUCUGGCAAACACAAUGACCUUGCUGGGCCUCCAGUAAGGUGCUACACCCAGCCCUAA